AUGUCUGGUUCUGACAUGGUCUCCCGCAAAUCCACACAACGCUCAUCAGUGCGGAUGCAGGGACUGGCUAGGAUUCGUCCUAAGGUGCAGCUCACCAAGAGGCCCGAGCUGCCCUUACACUACGAUGCUGUAGAUGAUGCCGCCAUUAAGAUUGCCACGGACCACAAGAAAACUGUCUGCCGAGUGCAACAUGAAUUGCACAUGGGACGCUCACUUCUGCAAGUGAAGCAUUCGAAGAUCAGCGCGUGGAAUUCUUUUUUAUGGAAGAAAAGGCAAGACAGUGAUAAGGAGAAUUAUGGACGUGGCAAGGACAUACUUGGCGGCAUCAUGAAGGACUUCAAAGACAAGUACCACAGCCUCACCGAUGAGGAGAAGGCAGAUCUCAUUGAAGAGUACAAGGAAUUCAAGGUUACAAAGACCACUGGGCAACGCAUUUCAACGAAGUUGAAGCUCAACGAUGCUGCCAACACUCUGAAGGUUAUUAAAGUGAGCCUUCGCUCUCGUACUGGAGUGGAGACGAUAAUGUACAUGUCCCGAGGAACCACCGACAUUCCACUCCGUGGCACUUCAUUUGCAACUGAAGGUGUGCGAGACUUCAUGGGAUCUGUGGUAGGCAUUGAUAACCAAGAUCUGGUCAACAAGAUGGAAGGUUUCACAAUUCAAGGCAUGAAAGGAGCCGCACAUAAUCAUCAGAAGCUUGUCUCUCAUGUUCGCGCUCAGAUCCGCUCUGAAAUCAAUCAAGCUCUCCGGGAGAAAACUGGAGUACCAGAUGCCACCAUGCACUGGGCACAAUAUUGGCGCAACGUGGUCAAGCGUUAUUCUGUAAUCAUCGAGGGCUGGCCAAAGAAUAUCCCCUUCGUCAAUCUUAGCACGGCCUCUAGUGCCCUUCCUGACCUGGAAAUGCUUCUCAGGAAGUGGCGGUCUAAGGCCAUCAAAUGGAAGUGCCUUACUGAAGAAGAAUUGGAUACUAUGGAGAAAGAGAGGGACGAUGGUAUUGGGAAUGGUGCGAUAAAGGAGACACACCGGCGUCUUCGCUCUGACAAGGGUAAGAAGAGACGCCGAAACGCUGAUGACGAGACCUCUCAGCACCACAGGAAGAAGACCUACAAGAGUAUGGAGACCAUCGACAGUGAUAUCAGUGAUAUAGAGGAAGAUCAUCAAGUUGACUCCCCUGUACAGUCUGCCAAUAACCUUCCUGCAGGAUCGCCCUUUGAAGACUCCGAAAACAUGCCUCGCACUAAUCAUGCUCUGACUCCCUCACCAAUUUUGCACUGUACUUCGACUCCCCCACCCAUUUCGGACCAUACUUCAACUCCCCCACCCAUUUCAGACCAUACUUCAACUCCCCCACCCAUUUCGGACCAUGCUUCGACUCCCCCGCCCAGUUCGGGCAACACACCUGCCAACCAGGAGCCUGCCCCACCAAUCUUUCCUGGUUCAAGUGCAAACUUAAGCUCACUGGUACCUCCUUUCAAUAAUCAGAUUGACAACUUCAUACCAACACCUUUUGCUCACACUGAAUUCAACUUUGAUGGUAUUUUUUCUUCUUACUAA